UUAGUGCUUGUGUUGUUGCCUUGCCCAAGGGAUGAGGGAAAAACAACUCUGCGUUGCACCCUCUUCCAAAAAAUAAUACAACAUUCCAUAAAAUGACCGAAACAACGCCGGAAAGUGAACUCGGGAGCAUAGAGUGUUUCCAAAACUACACGGCCCCUGAGGUUUUCAUCCAGGGGUUGGCGGGGCUCGUAAACCAGCAGGAUGUGGAGUCGAUGAUUCGGGCCCAAAAGCAAAUGUUGCAGCGGUUCGAAAAAACGAACGAGAUGCUGAUAAACUGCAACGCCCUGUCAGCUGGAAGGCUGCAGUCGGCCCAGGCUGAAUUUAAGAAGCAUUCCCAGCUUUUGAUUGAAAUGAAAAAAGACUUGGACAACAUUUUCAAACGCACUCGUGCCUUGAAAACGAAGCUGAGUGCACAGUACCCUCAAGCAUUCCAAGAGUGUGCUAAUAAGAUGGCUCUGGUGGAGGAAGACGACGAAGACACCAAAGAGGCUACAGCAAUAGGCAAAGAUGCGAAAAAAGCGGUUGAAAAAGAUAAACCACCGAAGAGAAACAGCAGCUCAACCGAUUCUGAUGACAAUGGUAGUGAUAACAACGUUUCUUCUCCAGAAUCGGACUCACCUUAAGACUAAACUGUUAUGAUUUCUGAAGAAAAUGGCAAGAGUAGAUUACAUUAAAGACGUGGCUAUUAAGAAAUUAUUUGAUGCAAAAUUCGUAUCGAAUGGGAGACCUGCUGACAAGAGGAAGAUUUUAAUUUAUUGUUAGUAAUUUGUAGGUUUGUCAAGAUUCCAUUUUAAUUAUUAUUAUUAUUUGUCAUGUGGAAAGUCAACUUAAUGUUGUGUCCAUCCUACAAAAACUGAUUUAUUUUAAAUUCUGUUCUGUUUAUUAUUUCCUUACAAUUAGUGAGAAAAAUAAACAUAAGUACAAAAUACUUUGCA